ACCGUUAGCAGACACCACAGGCAGCUGUGCCGGUGUCUCCCCGCACUGGCCAGGCUCUCCUCCAGAGGGUGGGUGGGCCGGCAGGCUGAGGCUCUGGGGUAAGAGACUGCUCUGGGCCCAGGGAGGUGGUGCAGAUCGACCAGUUCCUGAAGGAGACAGCGGCGCGGGAGGCCAGUGCCAAGCUGCGGCUGCAGCAGUUCAUUGAGGAACUCCUUGAGCGGGCUGACCGUGCCGAGCGACAGCUGCAGGUCAUCAGCAGCAGCUGUGGCAGCACGCCCAGUGCCAGCCUGGGCCGUGGAGGUGGGGGUGGUGGUGCUGGCCCCAAUGCCCGGGGCCCAGGCAGAAUGCGAGAACACCACGCGGGCCCGGCCGUGCCUAGCACAUAUGCAGUGUCACGGCAUGGCUCCUCUCCCAGCACAGGGGCCUCCAGCCGUGUGCCAGCCGCAUCCCAGAGCUCAGGCUGCUAUGACAGUGACAGUCUGGAGCUGCCCAGGCCGGAGGAGGGGGCCCCUGAGGACAGUGGCCCUGGGGGCUUGGGCACACGGGCCCAGGCUACCAACGGGGGCUCAGAGCGGUCCCAGCCCCCUCGCAGCUCAGGCCUGCGGCGCCAGGCCAUCCAGAACUGGCAGCGCAGACCCCGCCGACACAGCACUGAGGGGGAAGAGGGUGAUGUCUCUGACGUUGGCUCCCGAACCACUGAGUCAGAGGCUGAGGGCCCGUUGGAUGCGCCCCGCCCCGGGCCUGCUAUGGCUGGGCCAUUGAGCAGCUGCCGGCUCUCAGCCCGCCCUGAGGGAGGCAGUGGACGGGGUCGGCGAGCAGAGAGGGGCAGCCCCUCACGCUCCAAUGAGGUCAUCAGCCCAGAGAUCCUGAAGAUGCGAGCCGCCCUCUUCUGCAUCUUCACCUACCUGGACACGCGCACACUGCUGCACGCCGCUGAGGUCUGCCGGGACUGGCGCUUCGUGGCCCGCCACCCUGCAGUCUGGACAAGGGUGCUGCUUGAGAAUGCCCGUGUCUGCUCCAAGUUCCUGGCAAUGCUGGCUCAGUGGUGCACCCAGGCCCACUCUCUGACGCUGCAGAACUUGAAGCCCCGGCAGCGGGGAAAGAAGGAGAGCAAGGAGGAGUAUGCCCGUAGCACCCGGGGCUGCUUGGAAGCUGGGCUGGAGUCCCUGCUGAAGGCAGCUGGGGGGAACCUGCUGAUCCUGCGCAUCUCCCACUGUCCAAACAUCCUCACCGACCGCUCGCUCUGGCUGGCCAGUUGCUACUGCCGUGCCCUGCAGGCUGUCACCUACAGGAGUGCCACAGACCCUGUGGGCCAUGAGGUCAUUUGGGCCCUGGGCGCAGGCUGCAGAGAGAUCGUCUCCCUCCAAGUGGCACCACUUCACCCCUGCCAGCAGCCCACGCGCUUCAGUAACCGCUGCCUGCAGAUGAUUGGUCGCUGUUGGCCCCACCUGCGGGCCCUGGGGGUCGGGGGUGCCGGCUGUGGGGUGCAGGGCCUGGCAUCACUUGCGAGAAACUGCAUGCGGCUGCAGGUCCUGGAGCUUGACCAUGUGUCAGAGAUCACCCAGGAGGUGGCGGCAGAGGUCUGCCGGGAAGGCCUGAAGGGAUUGGAGAUGCUGGUGCUCACAGCGACUCCCGUCACCCCUAAGGCCCUGCUGCACUUCAACAGCAUCUGCCGGAACCUCAAGUCGAUUGUGGUCCAGAUUGGGAUUGCGGAUUAUUUCAAAGAGCCCGGCAGCCCUGAGGCCCAAAAGCUGUUUGAGGACAUGGUGACAAAACUCCAGGCCCUGCGACGGAGGCCCGGCUUCUCUAAGAUUCUGCACAUCAAGGUGGAAGGCGGCUGCUAACCCGGGUAGGGGGCGGCAGGGCCCCUGCCAGCCCCAUAUCAGGGCACUCUCUUUGGACCUCAGAGGGACCCUGGUUUGGACUAGACCUUUGGAGGCCAAGUGUUAUCCUUGGCUUCUGGAGGGGGACUGACAAAUCUCCUGUCCUCCUCCUGGAGCAGCGGAGCAACAGGCCUGACCCAGGGCACUGCUUCCCUAGUACAGGGGCUUGGACAGAAGCUGCCCUCCGACCCCGACCCUACCCCGGCUGGAGCAGCCUCUGGCACAGCCAUUGAGGAGCUGUCACCACCAGCGCCUGGUGUCAUCAUCACCUGGAGGAUCUGCAAUAACCACCCAGUGGCUCCUCAGCUGUUCUGGCCGGCCUCUCCUUCCUGAGGCCCAGCCUCCUGGUCAGGAGCCUCUGGGGCCCCAGGCCAGCGGGGGCUCCACAGGGCAGCUCAGACUUGGCAAGGAGGACUCUUCUCCCCAACCCUGCCCCAGCCUUCUGGGGGCACCCCUUCAGACAGCCUGCCUAGGCUCUGGAUCCACAUUUUCUGGGGAUACCACAGGCAGACCUAGGAACCUGGGCACGUGGUCAGCCAAAAGCUGGGGGCAGCAGUACAGUGGGGUAGUGGGGGUGGGUUUGGAAAGGAAACAGUCACCCAGAACUUCUCUCCAGGAUGAGACCACCCUUCCACGGUGGGGGAUUGCCAGGGGGAGGAAACUUAUUUAUUGCUGUAAGACAAGACCCCUCCUCCCAACCCCACACCCCACCGCAUACCAGAGCUAAAUUCAAAGCUGAAAGGCGCACCUUUUUAUACCUACAUUCAUUCCUGAGGGACCCUCCAGAGGGUCCAGGUCCCAGCCCCAGGCAGCCCUGUCACAGUGAGAAGUACUUCCUGUCCUCAAAGAAUUUCCUUCUAAUCCAGGUGCUUGGGCAGGAACCUGAUGGCCUUCGGGUCACCAAGGCUGUCUGGGAGGGAGGCACGGGGCCGCCCUCUGUGCUGAGGCCGUGGAGGAAGCCAGGAGGAGGGUGGCUUGCUUUGCUUCCUUGUCUAAUUAGCUUGCUUGAAGAUGUAGCCUUGGCAGGGAGCCAGACCCAUGGGGCCAAGGAAGAGGAAGAGCAUCCUCAACAGACUCACUCCCCCUUCCUCGGUCUCCACGGGCCCCAUGGGCUGAGGGCUGCAUUGGGGUCUUCUGCCUAGGGGAAGUGCUGGACCUGGGCUGGAACCACUUGGCUUAGAAGCCACAGGAUUCCAGUGGGGCUUUUCACUGGCCUUUGCAGUCCCCAAAGGAUCAGGUCUCAGAACCAAGGCUCCAAAGGCUUGAGGUCUCCCCAGUUCCUCCUCUCAGAACUCCCAUAGUGGCUCAGAGGCCGGGGGUCCUACCAACUCUCAUUUGGAAAGUUCUUUCAAACAUCUAAACUAGAUCUAUCUUAGGGUUUCUUUCUCUCCUAGAUAGGAUCAGCUCCCAGCCCUAGCCAUUCGGCUGCUGGUCCUGGCUGGGGAUGGGGUCCCCUCGUUACCCAGUCCUUCCCAGGAACCCAACUCCCUAACGCAACCUGGCUUGGACAUGAAAACCCAGCCCUCGGUUACCUUGUAAAGAGUCCUCCAGAGCUGGGACCCCACGGACGCAGCAGCACACCCAGCUCCCAUGGCGUCACUCCCUAGCUCUGUCCCAGAUCUUGCUAUCAUUGUUGACUUUUCCUCCUGUGGCUUGUUCUGUCCCUGCCCUUUGAAAAUCUAAAAUACCAAGGGUGUCAUGCUGGCAACUCCCUGCCCAGUCCUGCACGAAGCCUUGGCUGUGUGUGGCACCCCCUGCCCCUACCCCAGAGCCGCUGGCUCCAUUGGCUUCUCCCUGCACCAGCCCUGUCCUCAGGGGUCAGGAAAAAGCAGCACGGCUUUCUUUCCUCUCCUCCAGAGGCCUGGAAGGGAGGUGGAGGCCCACUAAGGGCCUGGAUACCUUGGAUUUGUUGGUCCUGCCUUGCCAACUGCACACUGCAGCUCCUGCUCCCUGUGACCCCAGAACCAGAGGUGCUGCCUUCCCUGUCUCCUGGACAAAGCACAAAGGGAUGCCCUGCUUGGCUUCAGCCUGCCCAACUGAGGGAUUUUCUCUGUCCCAGGGACCUUCCAUCCCUGAAUACAAGGCUCUGGGCAACGUCUCUCCGGGUGGUACACACUAGAAUGCCUGGCAUUAGCCCUGGGAAAGGAGGUUGGGGCAUAUGGGCAGCGAGCUAGGGGGGAGAAAGGUGGUGCUGAAAGGCCAGAACGCUAGUUGCCGUUUCACUCAUUCAUUCAUUCGUGCAACAGUACCGAGCACCACCAGCACUGGAGGCAGAGGGGUGAACAAGAUACCCUUCUGCCUGGGGGACGUCCACUUCCCACGGGUUUGGCUAUUUCCAGGAAAGCCCCUCAGUCCUCCACCUUGUUCUGGCUGUGUGUGAAGGAUAUGUGUGAGCAGGCCCAAUCCUUUGCAGCAGGAAUGAGAGGUCAGAGUAUCCCACUGCACACGUACCCCCGGGCUGACAGACUUGUGCCCCCCAGCCUUCAUGCAUGCCUGAGCACUGGCAGCGUUGCAGCCCCUGCCCCACCAGCCCCUUGACGCUCUUCUUUUGUUCUCUCCUUGGGGAUGAGCCCUGCUGCUGAGUAGGGAGCUUUUGCUUGCUGGGAGGCUCUAUGCAUUGAUUUCUUUGGCAACCAUACAGCUAGGGCUGAGGAUGGGAACAAGGACAGAGGGCCUGGCUAUCCCCAGAAGCAUUUCAUCCAUCUUUACCCACCCAAAGGGAUCCCUCCACAUCUCAUACCCAGUAAGAUGCAAGAAAGGAAUAUCUGAGAGCAAGCAGCCCUGCUCCAGGGGACCCAGGUAUGUGUAGAGGCCCAGUGGGGGUGGCCACUUGGUGUUUCUACCACCCCCUGCCAUCCAGUCUGGCUCCAGUGCCUACCUGGGAGGUUGGUGUACUUGGCUUAAGUACUUCAUGCUUUAUUUAGGCUGCUUCCCCACAGCACCGACAGGAAAUGAAGAUGCACUUACAUGCAUCCCUGUGGGAAUAAAGAGUGGGUGGGCUGCCCAGCACCACGGCCUUUCCCCAGCCAGGAGAGACCACCUAAGGAUCAAGGCAGCUCCUGUUUUCUUGGUCCUGUGACACUCGAGUCUGAGCCAGCCCCUCAGGAAUUGCCUCGAAAGGCGGGGGGGAAAAAAAAAAAAAGGGCCUCCUUCCCAAGGCCUCCUACUCCAAGGUUUGGCUCCAUCCCUUGCCUUUGGGUCCUGCCUAUUACCCUGGUCCUGGUUUCUAAUCUUUGGGGCCACAGGUGGGGAGUCACCUGGGCCCCAAUCCCUCUAAGGCGCUAAGUUGAAGGAGGCCUUCCCAGAGUGACUAUUGGUGCCAAAGUCCCAGUUCCUGUUGGACUUGGGGUAAAAACAGGAGAGAGAGUGAGUGGGUAUAUGGCCCAAGUGCCCAGAGAAGUUAACUCGAACCCAUGGGACAUGUCCCAGCCUGUCAGUCCCUGAUGAGUGUAACUUCCUUCCCCUGGGGGCCUGGUCCUUCUCUCUACCCCAGUGGCCAUGCUUUCUCACCCAGCCUUGUGCCCGGCCUGCAUUUCUGUAUAUAUUGCUGUGUAUUGUGUGUAUGUAUGUAUUCCUGGACAAGUGUGUUCAUCUGCAGCCCUUGCCUGAGGAUAAGGUUUAGGAUUGGGUAAAGAUCAGAAUACCAGGGCCAGCUAAGGCAACGACUCCCUCCCCAACCCCUUGGGACCUCAGCCAGUCCCAAGGCUGCCCUGACAAUCAGGCAGGCUCCCCACCAUGAGACUAAGCCUCCUCUGCCACUGCCAGCAUGGGCCAAGGGAGGCUUGGCCUUGGGCUUGCCAGCCUCAGCUCUGCCCUGGCAAGGGUCUUGUAUCCAGGGCAGAGGCCUGAGGUGACCCAGGCUUGCCUUGUGGCUGAUGCCAGCAGGCUUGGUUCUAGUGGGCACCACUGGUGGGUGACCUCCAUAACUGGCCCUUAGGCCCUGCCUUCCUGCACAGCUAGGCUAUAAUGGGCCUGAGCGUGAGAGGGUAGCUUCCCCAGCCCCAAGCAUAGGCAGAGGGGUGGAAAGCAAUUUUUGGUUUUAUUUUUGUUUCUGAAGUGGUGCCUGUACCUCCAGCCCCCAGGGGGCCUUUCCUGGCCACACUUCUCUGCCCCACCCAGGCAUCGCCAUCCCAGCACUUUGCUCCAUGUCACCCAUAAGAUGCCCUUUGCUGAAUGUACCUGAGUGUAUGUAUUUAAAAGGACUCACAUGGGCAUCAGAGAAUUUAUGGCUCUGUAUCCAAUAAAAAAGAUGGUGAAACUGGUAUAUCUGCC